UUUGACCUUGCGCAGCCACCGUAGUUACGUACAAAGUAGCAGGCGGGCACGUUUCGGUUUGGCUCGUACAUGCUAAGCUAACAACAGCAGUCUUUGAUUUAAUGUACAGUGUUUGAAUCUUUAACUAUGGAGAAUAUAAAUGCCAAGUACGUUUCUCAGAAAAUCAGUAAAACCAGAUGGAGGCUAGUGUCGCAUUCGUCUUUGCAGCAGCCAGAUAUCUUUGCGACUGGCUCGUGGGAUAACGAGAUUAACAAGAUUUCCUUUUGGUCCAUUGGGAAUCAUGGAUGUUCUGACAUGGACGAUGGAUUUGAAGGAGACCCACAGCUUUUAUGCGAAUACAAGCAUGAUGGAGAUGUUCUGGACCUUCAAUUUUUGGACCAAGACAGAAUUGUCACAACAUCGUCAACUGGAGCAGUCACCAUUUUUCGCCUCCACCAAAACAGUCAGACAAUAUCAGUUUCUCAGCGCUGGCCAAGAGCUCAUGGUUACCCUUGUGAAAACGCUCCAUGUACUGGUGUCGUGUGCAGCAGUCCUGAGAUUGUUACAGUUGGUGAAGAUGGCAAAAUCAUCAUCUUCCGAGCCGACCAGGAGGGAGUGAAUCGAGUUAUAGAGAACGCAGACAGCAGCACCAUUCACGCUGUGACAUAUCUAAGGACGACAGAGAUUUUGACGGUGAACUCCAUUGGCCAACUCAAGCUGUGGGACUUCAGACAACAGAGCAACACACCGUCCCAGAUUCUGUCCUUGUCAGGGGAUAGAGUCCCCCUGCACUGCGUUGACAGACAUCCGAACCAGCAGCACAUUGUUGCCACUGGGGGGCAGGACGGCAUGCUCUGUGUCUGGGACGUGCGACAAGGCAGCACACCCUUCUCCCUCAUGGAGGCCCACUCCUCUGAAAUGUGGGAAGUUCACUUCCACCCAACCAAUCCAGAUCAUCUGUUCACAUGCUCAGAGGAUGGUUCACUGCUGCACUGGGAGACGUCCACACCUUCAGACAUGCCCUCCUUCUUACAAGGUGGCAGGAACAACAGCAUGAUUUCUCGCAGUGCGAUGGCCCCAGCUGGAGGGAACCAGUCUCUCAUCAACGCCUGGCUGAGUGGAGACUCCAGUAAAGGCCGUCUGGAGACAACUCACAUGCUGCCCAGCCAGACACUGUCUGUCAACAGUUUGGAUGUACUUGGACAAUGUCUUGUCUGCGGGACUGACGGAGAAGCCAUUUUUGUUAAUAGACAGGUCCCAGUUUAAAAGAGUUGUACAGGACAACUUGUGGAUGGAGAUCUGUUUAUUCUUCAUCACCGGUUCAAGGGUUUUGUAGAUAACUCCAAGGAUUUCAAUGAUAAAACUUUUGUAUGGAUUUCAUUUAAAACUGUUUGAAUAAGUAAAUAAAAGCAAAUGUCUCAUGAGGCUUUUUACUC